UGGUUUAAUGCUGAAUGUUGCUUCCAUCUAAAGCAGAUGGCAGAACAGGAUGUUCACCUGCUGUAGACACUGAUACAUCCUGGCUUAUUAGUUUGAACUCUGAAGUUUGGUUUAUGCUGAGGUGCAGGACUGAACUGGAUCAGCCAAAGUGCAGACACAUUUGUUCUAUUUUGCUGCUUCAUUAAAGACACAUUAAAGCCUCUGACAGAGGAGUCGUAUAGACAUUUGUGGAAAGAAGCAGCUGCAGAUAAAUUUGCCAGAGGAUGUUGGUUGGAGUGCAAUGACAUGUGAAUGUUUUUGAAAACUUAGUGCUAAAUAUAGGUCUGAGUACCUGACUUACUGGUUUAGGAAUUCAAUUUCAUUCUAAUUAGAAUGUCUUUGGAUGUAAAGGUUCCAAUAACUCAAGAGCCAUUAUGUAUGAAUGAAGGUUUAAUCAAACUUUCAUAGUUUUUAGUGUGAUGUACCUAAUACGGCAAUUUCCGCUGCCAAACAUGUAAACAUGCUUGUAGUUUUUUCUUUGUAUUUAGCUAGCACUGUUGAACUCAACAGUCUUAAAGAAGUUUAUUUUGUGCUAAUGUGAAAGUGUUUUCAGGAUUUUGAUUCUCAGGAUUUUUUUGCCUGUUGUGAAUACUCUAGCAUAAUGGGAUUGUUAAUUUAACAGUAGUAAUUUUUUUAAGUUGCUAUUUAUCCAAAUGUGGAUGAAAGCAAGGCUUAAAUUGUUCUCUUCUGAGAGUCUGAUUUAACAGGAUUGCAUACAGACUUUUAAGCACAGGUUACCACAGUAUCAGAGAUUAACUUUGGAAUUCAUUGGAAUACAUAAUUCCAACACAUUUGUACGAGGAUGUCGUCCUGGAAAGAUUGUUCAGAUGACCGAAGCAGAAGUUCGGGGUUUGUGCAUAAAAUCACGUGAAAUAUUUCUUAGCCAGCCUAUUCUCCUGGAACUAGAGGCACCUCUGAAAAUUUGUGGUGAUAUUCAUGGUCAGUAUACAGACUUGCUUCGAUUAUUUGAAUAUGGAGGAUUCCCACCGGAAGCUAAUUAUCUUUUCCUUGGAGAUUAUGUAGACAGAGGCAAACAGUCUCUGGAAACAAUUUGCCUAUUACUGGCAUAUAAAAUCAAGUACCCGGAAAACUUCUUUCUCUUAAGAGGAAAUCACGAGUGUGCUAGCAUCAAUCGGAUCUAUGGAUUCUAUGAUGAAUGCAAGCGGAGAUUCAACAUUAAGCUGUGGAAGACCUUCACAGACUGUUUUAACUGUCUGCCUAUUGCAGCCAUUGUGGAUGAGAAGAUCUUCUGUUGUCAUGGAGGACUGUCUCCAGACCUCCAGUCAAUGGAGCAGAUCCGGAGAAUUAUGAGACCUACAGAUGUUCCAGACACAGGCUUGCUGUGUGACCUGCUGUGGUCUGACCCAGACAAAGAUGUGCAAGGUUGGGGUGAAAAUGAUCGUGGGGUCUCUUUCACUUUUGGUGCUGAUGUGGUCAGUAAAUUUCUGAAUCGUCAUGAUCUGGAUUUGAUCUGUCGAGCUCACCAGGUGGUUGAAGAUGGAUAUGAAUUCUUUGCUAAACGGCAGUUGGUCACCCUAUUCUCAGCUCCAAAUUAUUGUGGAGAGUUUGACAAUGCAGGGGGCAUGAUGAGUGUGGAUGAAACUCUGAUGUGUUCCUUUCAGAUAUUGAAACCAUCUGAAAAGAAAGCCAAGUACCAGUAUGGUGGACUGAAUUCUGGGCGUCCAGUCACUCCACCUCGCACAGCUAAUCCACCGAAGAAGAGGUGAAGAAAGGAAAAAUGUAGAAACACCAUCAGAUCUGUCAAGGACAAAACUCCAUAUUACAGUAUAUAAUAAGUGUGCACUGUAAAACCAUCCAGCCAUUUGACACCCUUUAUGAUGUCACACAUUUAACUUAAAGAGACGGGUAAAGGAUCUUUAUUAAUUUUUUCUAGUAGAAAGAUGUGCGACACUGUAUUGUAACAAGUAUAGCUCCAAGUUCUAAUAUCCAGCAUAGAGUAAAAAAAAUAUUAGGAAAACCUAUUGCAACUACAUAUUCACAUUUACCACGGUUUUUAAAGUUGACCAACAUCCCAGUUAAAACUUGAUGUAAUAGUUAAACCAGAUGAGAGCAUGAUGUUCCAUUUGUGUAAUGUGGUCUUAUUGUUGCUUGAUUGCUUUUACUUUGGUUAUUUUGUAGCUAGAAUGAUGCAAAUAUGGUAUCUAGUCUUUAUUUCCCAGCUGUCUCCUUGAAAUUGAAAUAAGGAAGGGGCUUUUUAGAACAGCUCUUGAUCUCGUAUCCUCCCCCUAGCCCCUUGUUGUUCAUAAUGCCGCUCAAAUGUGUGCCCCAUUAUAAUGCAAAAUUUAUAGUAUGGUAGUGAUUAAAAGGCAAAAUAAGUCCAAAAAGCCCAGACUGGACAGCUUGACAGCCAACAUAAAUUGAGACAGAAAAACCUGUCUUGACUUUUUAACUUAAACUGCCACACAAUGAAUUUGUGCACUACACUAUCUUAAAUUAUUGAUGUUACACUGUGCUAUGGCACUUCAUUUAACUUAGGACAAAAAUGGUAUUGCCUAUUAGUUGGUAACUUGAUUAUGUGGUACCUUGGCUUUAGUUUUAUUAGCAUGAAACACCUUUGGCAUGCUUAGCUUCCAGGUAACUCCCUACCUGCAUCAAAAUUCAUCUUGCAUAGUUCCACAGAACAUGAAGAUCCUUAUUUGCUAAGCCUUUGAAAGCUGACAUUCUUUUUCAUAAGAGGGUGUUUAAAUGGAUGUUCAUCAACAGACAAGAGGCUAGCCGACAAGUGGUGAGCAGAAAAUGCUAGAGGAAUGUCCAACAUGAUAAUAAGGCUUAUGUCACUAAAGAUUAUAUCGUUUGGAUUUUCAUGAUCAAAUUUCAUAUACUAUUGUAUAGACUUCUGCUUUGUAGUGUACUUUAGUAGCAAUAAUUUCUGUACAUGAUCAAGAGUUAUGCAGUAUUUCUUUCCAGUUCUCUCCUUUCUUAAGAGUUAACAUUGGCAAAUGGCAGGAUACAGAGAAGAUACAAAAUUUAUAGUAGGAUAAAUGAAAGGCACAGAUUUGUGAUGCUUUAAGGUGUGAUACUUAUUGGAUAUAACUACAAAAGCUUUUAUUGAAUAUUGUCAAAUUUGUAAAAUUCUUUGGGGGAAGGCUUCAGAUUUAUACCAUUCUAAAUGUGCAUCAGUAGAUGUAAAACUCUUGGCUUCAGUAUUGUCUUUGAAAAUGUUAAAUUGAGGAUUCUGGUAACUUACGUUUUAUGAACUGGCACAUAUUAUAAUGCAAGAGAUAUAUUGAUUUCUGACACAGUGAGCAAGUUCUUUAAAAUGGAUUUAAGUCUUUUUUCUAAUUCCAUUUUGUUUUAAAUGCAUAUUUUAAAUGUAGGUUUUUUCAUUUAGUAAAAGUUGUCUAAUUCAUUUGAA